AUUUCGAGGAGCUGCAACAAGAGAUGGCUAAACGCCAUCGAUCCGGGGCGACCGGUUGGCAGAGGGGGCGAUUGGAGGGGGAAAGCAGGCGUAUUUGGUACGGUUGUGUGGGCGAUGAAGGUUAGAAAAACAUACGAGAGGCACUGGUACUGACGACGGCGUUGGUGGUUGUUGGGAGGGGGCGGAGGGGUUCAUGGCGUGGCGGAGGGCUGUGACUGAGACUGGCCCGGAGGAUUGGUAGGGAUAGACGCCUGUGGUGGAUUGCGCUUCUGCAGCCUCAUUCUUCCUAUUCACCCACCGUCCUCCUCCCGCCUGGCCCGCCUCCUCUCUCUUCGUCUCCUACCACCACCAUCCUCCCCAAAGCACCCUGCGUGAGCCACAAUGCACCGCGCCACCUCCUCUACAAAACAUACCCGUCGGUACGCCCGCCUCCUUCCCACCCUCCCCGUCUUUCCCGUUCUCACCCUUCUUCACAGCAGGCCUCCUCGCGAUCGACUCUUGAAGAGUCUCCAGGCAUGUCUUAUCUUUCGAUGUCGUCUCCCCUCGCCGCACUUUACUAACCUCAUUACUCCACCCCAGAUACUUGGCCACCCGGGCACACCGCUACCCCCGGCCCUCUUGACACCACCCCCCUCACGAAGUACCUCCCCCGCCCUAGGUGGCAAACGAAAGUCGGAAUCCGAGGCUCAGCCCGCCUCCCACAAGAGGCCACGGCUAUCGCCUGCUGAGACCCUACAGCGCCCCCAGAACCAGACUUCCUCGUCAUCACAUUCCCGACUAACACCCUCCCAGACACUGCGAUCAGACCCUUCAGAGGAAGGCGAGUUGCGCGAGGAUCUACCCCAGGUUUCCGGUAGCAGCAGUGGCCACAACGACUCCGACGUCAUCCUCAACGCUAACCUCCCCAUCCGCCGCCCGCGGCGAGGUGUUUUAGAUGAAUCGUACUUUCAGAAUCUCCAGAGAAAGUACGAGAAGUUGGGCCAUGAAUUCAGGGCGUCAGCUGUCAAUAGACUGCGCUCAGUGUACCCCCCAAGCCAUCCAGAGUAUCGCGCCCUCUCGAAUCCUCCGCCUGUCAAUUCGUCCUACCAUACGCACGGUGCUCUUAUAGCACGUCUUGAAUGGCUGGACUCUCUACUUUGUUUUUCUUAUUCCACUUACGGUCUCGACACCAUAUGGCUCGGAAGGAUACAUGCAGCACCAGAAAGCGAAAGGGACACAAUCCGCGGAAAUUACAAACAAGUUUCGACUCAGGCCUGGGAUAACUUCGCUUCGGUCCUCAAACAGUGCAAGUCCCACUGGCAACCUACUGUGACCACAGAAGAGCACGAGAGGAUGCUCUACGGGUUGUGCUGCAUGAUUGAGGCAUUUGGCUACCAGAAAAGGGCAGAUAUUCGUGCCCAACCUCUCCUGGACCAAGACAUGCACUACUGGAAAAGGUUUAGGAUGCAGGAAGAGGAACUCAAGCAGCGAAUGUCAGAGUCCGCGCCUCGAAUGCUUCCAUCCCCAGAAAGCAUUUCUGCUUCUAGCGCCAAUUCAACACCAGCUGGCCGAUCAGCCGGAACGCCUGACCACUCCGAGAGGAGGCCUGCCGAGAACAAGAUCACUCCCCUACCCCUGCUGCAACACAACCCAGACCCAAAUCUCACCUUGCGAUUCGGUCCCAACUACGUCUACCAGCGUCGAAACUUUGAGUCAUCAAUCCUGUGCGCCGGCGAUUCUAGCAGGCAAGCUCAGAAGUACUUAACAAUCCCGGCCAUGGCCAAACACUUCCCUCGCACUUUCACGCGAAUGGUCAACUCGAGCUAUAGUUAUACCGACGAAGCUGAGCCUGAUAUGGAAGACGACGAUGGUGAGCUCAUGUGGCCAGGACAAUUUUCCACAGGCAACAGCCUUGGAUGGUUAUGCAACAUGGGCAGAGCAAUGGUCAGAGAGUAUGGCAAGAGCUACGGCUACGUCGGCUCGGAGGCCCUCAUACCAGAUCCGACCUUACCUGUUCGCGCCCAGCGGUAGCACGCUCAGUGCUGUCCAUUAAGCCCGUUGUUUGCGCAGUCCGUUCCACCGAGGUCCUGUUUACCCAUACACCUUCGCAUACCCCCACUACGUCAGUCACCGUUGUGAAACUAGGAAAUACCCCGCCGUGACUUGUAUUGCUGCGUCUCUUACUAUCCAGGACCUCGGAUGUUUUGAACCUCUUGCGCGCCACUUUUCCUUACCUUUGGUGAAACACUUUUGAAGCAGUACGCCUUUGUCGGACCUAGGCUUGUUGACAUCGCCACAGCUCAUCGGCAUAUGUUUCAACUCCGUUGGCAGCGGAAAGACCUGCAUCGCAAUCAUGGAGCUCUGGCCCGCGAGUCAUUUGAGCUGCAUGGGUUGUUGGUCCUGUUCAUCUAGUUGCCGCCCCGCGCGUCUCCCCACACUCUUCAAUUGUAGCCUUCGCAAUCUUCUCUCCUCUUGUAAAACAUUCAUCUGGUAUCUCACUUGCGCUGUAUUCCCUCCAUAUUCACAUCAGCCGCCUCUACAACGACUCACAAAAGGAACAAAUAUCCCCCCUUGUAACAAUACCACCGCGCGCCUUUUCCUCUUUUUCUUUCCAUCAUCUCAUCGGGUCUCUCUCCUCUACAUCGCAUCCUUCACAUUUGUUUUUCCCCACACCUGCAUCGCUUCCAGAGUCAUCUUGCCGUCGUCUCAGCAACAACUGUUGUUUUCCCGCGGUCACUUUUCGUUCGUCGCCACAACCCCCUUUCUAUCCACCCAUCCCGCUGGUCCCCCUCCACCAUUCUUAUCUCCGCUGACCCCUUCCCCGCGAACGUCGUCCUUUGAUUUUACAACAGUUGUUUUCUCUCACCGCUGUGACCCCGUUUCCCUGUCCAUUUCUCACCGGAUCGAACUGGAGCCUCAUUGUUACUUUUUUCUUUACUUUUUAUCUUCUUUAUUCAUCUCUUGGUUGCUUUCCUUAUCAUCUUAUCCUUUGCAUAUCGCACAUUUUUGUUUUCUAGUACCAUAGUUGCAUCCUUCCAAUUCAGCAAUCGCAUCUCGCUAAUCUCAAUCUC